GCGUUAAAAAAAAAAAACUUGUUCCUGAAGUGACCGUUGGGGGAACACGUGGUGCUCCAAAAUAGUUUGGAGUAAACGUCAACAAUCGACGACAGACAAAUGUCAGUGGCUUCACAAUGGACAUCUUCAAGAGUAUCGACUGGAAUCCCUCGAUAAACGACAUUAUCGACGACGAGUUCAUCAAUGGCGAGAGGUUAGAGAGGGAGAGUGCGAUGUACAAAAUUCUCCGGGGAAAUUUCACGGAUCCAUUCGCUGACAUUCACGAGGAUUUCCUGGAUUUAGUCAGCAAGGCGGAUAUCGACGCGAAUGAGCAGGAGAAGGAGAGGAAAAAACUGGUGAUUAACGAGGAGAGUCCGAAGGAGGAGAGUGAAAAAAAUAUUGUGGAAGAGGUGAAGAAACACGCCAAGUAUUACCCUGGGAUCUCCAGGGCGAAGGCCAAGUUUCCCAGGUGGUCUUCGUUGACUGAGAAGCAGCAUGCAGCUUGUGUGAGGGUCCUCCUGCAGUUCUCAGCCCCUGGGAAACCCGAUAUUUCGAAGAUCAAUAGAGAAGAUUUGGAUACUUAUACGAGGCUUCAGACCACCAUCUCCGAGGAACAAACCGAGUUCCUGAAGGUGGCGAAGGACCACUGGGACAGCUCUGAGAUACAGCUAAUCCGAGAGGAUUUGAUAAAUCGUAAAUGGAAGUACAAGAUGAAGUACGUCGAGCAAUUACCCAGGUAUUGCACCGAGAGUGGAACAAUUCCUUUCAUCUGUAAUAAAGACAUCAACGUGUGCUUCAAUGCAGUUGCUCUUGAAACGGGAAAAAUUCCACGCAUGAUCAUACCACCUCUGAUUCGUCCGACCUACCUGCCAUUUAAUUCAAUAAAAAUGGAGAGAAACUACUUCAAUUUCCCCGAGGCCUGGGUUAAGAAGAAUCUGAUCAGUGAAGACGUAAACUGCCAGAGGUUCGUGGAGUCCAACGAGAUAGACCUGGUGAUCUCCUCCUCUGGGAUUAACUGUCUCGCCAACAAUCUGGACCCCUCUUACAAGAACUCAUGGGCCCUACCAGUGACCGUCAAGACAAUAAACGACAGAAGAGUCAUUUUUAUUGAUAAACCCCUGCCCCCACUGGCGAAGAGCGUCUUGCAGAAGAAUGCCUGGGUCUGCAAGGCCAUCCUGAAGAGUUUAAUCCUGCACCCGGGGCACAAUACAUCAGUCCGACUGGAUCAGCAGGAGAAGAGAAAGAAAGAAGAGACUGAAAUUCCUUCGGAGGAGGCGAUGGAGACGGACCAUCCCCAGAUGGACAAUUUAUCAAAUGAUCUAUCAGCCAAGGGGGUCAAUUUCUCGUACAAUAUUUUCACGAUUGGAGCCUGUGGACUGCCUCAAAACGAAAUGAUGAAGAACAAGGUGGAGAGGGAUUAUAAAAUCCUGGUGAGAACCAAGACUGAUGGAGUUGAGAAAUUAUCGAAGAAUCAAAUCCAGUGCAUGAUGAUAGCUCCGAAGAUGGAGCACCAGUUGGGUCUCGGGGCUGAAGCUGUCACCCUUGAGGAAGCCUCAAGACAGUGGGCAGCACUCACAUUCAGGCCUGACACAGCUCUUCUUCGAGUGAGAAUACACUCGUGGAACAAGGAGAUUAUACAGUACGAACGCAGGACUGCGAUGUCAGUGAACAACGAGAUGAAGAGGCUGUAUAACGUGAAGGGGGAAGACUGCCUCCAGUUCAUGUACAAUGUGGCUGAGAACAUGGUGAAAAUGGCACCGGGACGCUAUUUGAUCAGACAUACCGCGAGGAAUGGAGCAUUUGCUAGUAUUUAUAAAGAAACAGAAGCCUCUGGAAAAAACACCAUUGACCUGCAAGCACUCUAUUGUGACGAUCAAUUCCAAACAAUCCCCAACCCCCCCUGGCCACUGAUCGACAAGGUCGUUCCUCUCCCGAUGCACGAGUGUUUCGGUCGAAUGCCAGCCAUGUUCCACCCUGACAAAAAAGUCUACUCGAAGCAGGGAAAAAAUCCUCCGAAGGGGAAGGGGAAUCCGCCGAAGCCUGCGCAAGAGAAAUCUCCGAAGGAGAAGAAGAAGUCCAAGAAAAAGGGGGGGAAGACUGGUGAGGCCGAUACAUCUGAGGAGACAACGAGCUGAUGGGCCCAAGAUCUGUGAAUAAUUACUCGUACUGAUAUUGUACUAUUUUUAAGAAUUGAGUCGAUUGAAUAAACUUUGAUAAA